AUGAUGGAAUUCGGAUGGGGCACGACUGGCAACGAAGUGGUGCACCAAUUCAAGGAUAGAGUCACCGGCAAGACAUUCUUGAUUACCGGCCCUACUCCCGGAGGUGUUGGCGCCGAAAGUGCCAAAAGUCUCGCGACCGGCAAUCCGAAACACCUGAUCCUGGCUGGAAGAAGUCCGUCCAAAAUCCAGCCUCUGAUCGAUGAGCUCAACGCCAACUAUCCGAACGUCAAAGUGAGCUUCGUACCGCUCGAUCUCUCAAACCUAGACUCGGUCAGGGCCGCCGCCGCUGAUGUCAAGACUCUCCUUGCGGGUGACAAGAUUGAGGUUGUCAUUCUCAAUGCCGCCGUAAUGGCAUGCCCAUAUGCUCUCACUGGACAGGGUGUCGAGCUCCAGUUCGCCACAAACCACCUCGGUCACUUCCUGUUCUGCAAUCUCUUACUGGAAGCCGACCUGAUUCGAGCACGAGUCGUAGUCGUCAGCAGCUUGGCAUCGCAGCGCAAAGCUAGUCUACUGAUGCCUCAUCUGAAAGAUCUCAGCUACGACCAAGGCAAGACAUACGAUCCCACAACCGCAUACAGCGUCUCCAAGGCUUGUAACAUCUUGUAUGCAAAGCGCCUGGCCAAGGUACUGGCACCGAAGGGCAUUUCAGUCUUCAGCCUGAACCCGGGAAGUAUUGCCACCAACCUACAAGCCUACAUAACCAACGAAAUGAGGCAGCGUGCUAUCGAGCAGUUCAAAAUUGAGAACCCUGGCUUCCAGCCUCCGGAGCGCAAGAAUCUACAGCAGGGAUGUUCUACUCAGCUGCGUGCUGCGCUGGAUCCUACCCUUGAGCCAAACUCUGGUGCUUACCUUGACAAUUGCCAAGUCUUGGAGACGGACGAGCACAAAGACGCCGAAGCUUACAUAGAUGAAGUAUGGACGCUCAGUGAGAAGUUGGUUGGGAAGAGGUUUGACUUUCCCAAUUGA